CGAAAUUAACAAGACAGAUCCAGCGCUACAGGGUGUUUCCCUUUGUUACUAAUUCUUAUUUUAACUCCUCUCCGAUACUUGCAACCCCCUGCCAAACCCUGCAUUCCUUCUAGCCCGGCAUUCAGCCUUCUCCUACACUACUUACCCCACUAUGUCGGAAUCCAGACAAGAGCUGUUGGCAUGGAUCAACAACCUGCUGCAGUUGAACAUGACCAAGGUUGAGCAGUGCGGAACUGGUGCCGCUCUGUGCCAGAUCUUCGAUUCGAUAUUUAUGGAUGUCCCCAUGUCUCGCGUCAAGUUCAACGUCAACACCGAAUACGCCUACCUUCAGAACUUCAAGGUUCUUCAGAACGUCUUUGCCAAGCACCAGGUCGACAAGCCGAUUCCCGUCGAAUCUCUCACGAAAUGCCGUAUGCAGGACAACCUUGAGUUCCUCCAGUGGACGAAGAAGUACUGGGACCAACACUACCCGGGUGGUGACUACGAUGCCGCCGCUCGUCGCAAGGCCUCCGGUGGUCCCCCCGCCACUGCGGGUGGCUCUCGCGCAGGUGCAAGCUCCGCCGGAGCGGCACGCCGUGGUACUACGCCUACCAUUGGCGCCGCCCGCCCCCGUGUAGCUGGUGCCGCAAGCGCUGCCAACGUGUCUGCGCUGCAGCAGGAGAUUGCUACGCAAAAGGAGGCUAUUGCUGGCUUGGAGAAGGAGAGGGAUUUCUACUUUGCCAAGCUGCGUGACAUCGAAUUGCUUCUGCAGAGCGCCAUCGAGGCCGAUCCGGAGCUCGAAAAGGAUGAUGACUCCCUGGUGAAGCACAUCCAGGGCAUUCUGUACUCGACGGAGGAGGGAUUCGAGAUUCCCGAAGCGGAGGCUGGGGCGGAUGAACUUGAGACCUUCUAAGUUCAUACCUAAUAAUGUUCGUCCCAUUAUUAAUACCCCUUCAUGUGUAGCACAAGCGUUCGUCAGUCGUCUUACGGCGUCUCUAUGUCUUUAACUAGUUUUCCUUCUGUUUAGACCGUUGGUCAGACAUGCGAGUAGGGUGCGGGGUUGAGGAGUGAAAAAGCAAGGAGAGUGGCUGGCGAGAUGCAGACCCUUUGUAUAGUUGUGACACAGUCUUUUUCUUUCUUCUCUGUCUCGACAGGUAGUUGGAAGCAGGUUCCAUUCCCAUGUUCUUUCUUCCUCUCUCUUCUCUAGCCUGCAUUGAUACUGAUAGAAAGGUAUUCCAAUACGUGGAAUGAAUUAAGUGCG